AUGACGAAGCGGUCGUGUGCCCACAGAACAUGGAGGUGCGGCAGGCCUUCGAUACUUACCUUCCCAAAAAGUUACUUUUUCCGCUUCUAUAGCCUUUUCAUCGUUCAACUUCGACCAAGGAAGCGAUCCAGGUUCAAGUAGAUCAAUAAAUACGUAGAACCACGACUCGAUGUCCCCUUUCUCGCGCGCAGCUGUACGUCUAUGAGCAUCCAGACUCCAGUAUGGCAAUGUGUAAGCGUCAGGUGUACCAUAUCUGAUCUUUUUGCCCUUCCUAACGGUGUCACCGUAAUCAAUCAGAUAAAUCCUGGUCAUCAAUGGACCGACACCAACGCAAAGAUUUGUCGUUUUGAUAUCACGAUGUAUAAACCGCAAGUUGUGUAGAAAUUGUUCACGAAGCUUCUCGAAAUUGCGAUCCAAGAGGUUCAUUACUGA